UUGCGUACUUGACGGCAGUGACUAGGGCAACUCGCAGCAGAAGCACAAAGAGGAGAAAGAGCUGCAGUCAUGGGAGUCAAACUGUACUACACCACUGUUGCUGCAUCGCGUUCGAUAAAAUCACAGCAGUCUGACAUAACCCGGAUCCUGGAUAGUAAAGGAAUAAAGUAUGUGAUCAUCGAUAUCGCUCAGAGCUUGGAACUUCGGGAUGAAAUGAGGAACAAGGCGGGAAACCCUACUGCUGUUCCGCCUCAGCUUUUCAAUGAAGACCAAUACUGUGGCGAUUAUGAAAUGUUUUCGAAUGCAGUGGAAGCAGAUACAGUGGAACAGUUCCUAAAACUGAAGAGCAUCUGAUCACAUGACUUCUCUACAACCAUGCUUCCUCCUUCCUCUUUCCUCCGUACUGCACCACUGGCUGUGUUCCCUCUCUUAAUGCCAAAAAUUUAGGAUGACGUACAUUUCCCCAACUGCAUCUCAAUAAUCUUACAUUCCUUUUGAGUUUCUUUUUAUGUUAUCUUUUGGAUUUCUUUAAAUUCUGGUCCAACAUUCCUCUGCGCUCAUUUAAGAAUUUUAUUUAGAUUUUUUAUAAAUAU